AUGGAACGAGUUAAUGCUUUGAGAUCGUUGUUACCAAAGUCUAUGGUCACCUUCUAUAAGGAGCCAUUGCUUAUAACCAGUGGUAAACAACAGUAUCUAUAUGAUGCUAAUAAUAAGAAAUACUUGGAUAUGUUUGGAGGCAUUGUUACUGUUUCUGUUGGACAUUGUCAUCCUAAGGUUAAUGCUGCUCUGAGAGAACAAGCUGAUAAGCUCUGGCAUACGACUUCCAUUUAUUAUACAGAGCCUAUCUUUGAGUAUGCUGAGAAACUAACAAGUACCUUACCUUCUCAUCUUAAAGUGUGCUUCUUUGUCAAUUCUGGAUCAGAGGCCAAUGAUUUGGCUAUUGCUUUGUCCAGAGUUCACACUGGAAGAUUCGAUAUGUUAUCUCUCCGAAAUGGAUAUCAUGGAAUGACACAAACUGUUCUUGGAGCCACAAACUUGGGUACUUGGAAACAGCCGAUGCCAGCCGGUUUCGGUAUUCUGAAAGCGAUGAGUCCCGAUCCAUAUAACGGGCCAUGGGGAGGAAAAGCUUGUCGCGAUUCUCCCAUCCAAACUAAAAGAAACUGUGAUUGUUCUGUCGGCGAGUGCAAAGCCAACGAAAAAUAUUUGGGUCAGUUCGCGGAAACUUUGAAGCAUGAUUUUCCAGCUGCUUCGGGUCCAGCAGCUUUCCUUGCUGAAUCAAUUCAAGGUGUUGGAGGAACAACACAAUAUACUAACGGAUUUCUCAAGAAGGCUUUUGAGGCUGUUCAAAAUGUUGGCGGUAUAGCCAUAAGUGAUGAAGUACAAACGGGCUUUGGACGCUUAGGAUCUCAUUUCUGGGGAUUCCAAACCCAAGAUGCUAAGCCUGAUAUUGUGACCAUGGCGAAGGGAAUUGGAAACGGUUUUCCUAUGGGAGCUGUCGUCACAACACAGGAAAUCGCUGAUUCUUUCGGAAAAGCCUUAUACUUCAACACUUACGGAGGCAAUCCUCUGGCUUCUCGUGUAGGAAAAGCUGUACUGGAGGUUAUUGAAGAAGAGAAGCUUCAAGAAAACUGUCAUGUUGUUGGAGAAUACUUCUUGAAAGAGUUAGCCGCUAUUGAUAGCAAGUUCAUCGGAGAUGUACGUGGAAAGGGAUUAAUGAUUGGUGUGGAACUUAUCAAUGAGAAUGGUAAACCAUUAGAGAAAGAACGUGUAGCUGCAGUGUUUGAGGAAACUAAGAAUAAGGGUGUUCUCAUUGGUAAAGGAGGAAUAAACGGAAAUGUGCUAAGAAUAAAGCCACCAAUGUGCAUAACCAAGAAAGAUGUUGAUACCACUGUUUCCGUGAUUGCUGAAUGCUUGAAGAAAGCUUGA